GGUACCCUUCUUGCUUUGGAAUUACGGGGAGAAAAUGGGAUCAGAACCGAACGGGUACAGCCCGGCCCAGGGUCGCUGCUGGCGGGCGGGAGCCCCUGCGCUGCCCGGCCUGCCCCAUCUCCGUGCGGUUGGUCGCGCACAGGCCCUUCCCUGUCCCGACAGCGAGUCCCGACCGCGACUCCGCUCGGUGGCUCGUCAACCCCUCCGCCCGCCCUGCCCCGCCCGGCCCUGGGGAGCUCGGGGGGACACCGAGGAGCAGCUCCUCGGGGCCGAGACGGGCCUCGGCAGCCAAGCCCCGGGCAGCCGGGGAGCGGGGGGAAGGCAGGGGAGGAGGCAGGCGGGCAGGCGGGGCGAGGGAGCUGCCGUUCCGCUCCUCCCCGCCGGGGCGAGCCGGCGGCGCUCCCGGACCGCCCACCCGAGUUCGGAGCCGGUCGCGCGGGGACCCGUCCCGGAAUCCGCCUCCUGCGGUGGAAGCGACUCGAGGUCAUGUGCCAGGCGACAGCCCGCUCCCUGCGCCGGGCGAUCUCCCGCGGCUGGCAGGAGCGGCUGCCCCGGCCCAGCCCCGCGCCCGCCGCCCCACAGCGCUGCAGCCCCGCGCGGACCCCCGGGACGGCCCCCGCCCGCGGCCUCGCCUCCAUGGCCCCCUCCGUCCGCUUCUCGCCCGCCGUCCGCAGCCUCUUCGAUGAGCCGCUGGCCAUCGCCGUGCAGGGCCUCGGCCCGCGGCAGCAGGUCACGCUGCGGACGUCCUUGCAGGACGAGACGGGCGAGCUCUUCCAGGCCUGCGCCCGAUACCGGGCGGGGGACGACGGGGAGCUGGACCUCGCCCGCUGCCCCGCGCUGCCGGGAGGCAGCUUCUCCGGCCUGGAGCCCAUGGGGCUGCUCUGGGCUUUGCAGCCCCAGAAGCCUUUCUGGCGGCUGGUGAAGCGGGACGUGCGGACCCCUCUCCCCCUGCAGCUGGAGGUGUUCGAGGGCCACGGGGACCCCCCCGGACAGCUCCUGGCCCAGGCGCAGCACGAGCGGGUGUUCCUGCGGGACGGGGUCCGGAGAGUCCCCGUGCGAGAGGGGAAGAUCCGUGCGACGCUUUUCCUGCCGCCCGGAAGUGGCCCCUUUCCAGGAAUUAUUGACUUGUAUGGAACCGGAGGAGGACUCCCUGAAUACAGGGCAUGCCUGCUGGCCAACUAUGGCUUUGCUGUGCUGGCUCUGGCUUUCUACGGCUAUGAAGACCUCCCCAAAGACAUGAAGGAAUUCCACCUGGAAUAUUUUGAAGAAGCCGUAAACUAUAUGUUACAACACACCCAGGUUAAAGGUCCAGGGAUUGGGUUGCUUGGAAUCUCGAAGGGGGGUGACCUGUGCCUCUCCAUGGCCUCCUUCCUAAAGGGCAUCACGGCCACCGCCCUUAUCAACGGUUCAGUGGCAAACGUGGGUGCAGUGCUUCGCUACAAGGACAUCACCAUUCCACCCCUUAGUUUCAGUGCAAAACGCGUCAAGGUCAACAAGUCCGGGAUUGCUGAUAUUUUCGAUGUACUGAGCAACCCUCUAGAAGGGCCUGACCGCCAAAGCUUUAUCCCUUUGGAGAAGGCCGAGUGUCGCUUCUUGUUCAUUGUUGGCCAGGAUGAUCGCAACUGGAAAAGCGAAUUCUUUGCAGUUGAGGGGAGCAAACGUUUGCAAGCUCAUGGGAAGGAAAAGCCUGAGAUAGUCUGUUAUCCUGGAGCAGGGCACUACAUUGAACCCCCCUUUUUCCCAAUGUGUGCAGCCUCAAUGCACCUGCUAGUUGGCAUGCCUGUGGUGUGGGGAGGGGAGCCCAAGGCACACUGCGAGGCACAGAUAGAUGCCUGGCAGCAGAUCCUAGCUUUCUUCCGCAAACACCUCUCGGGCAAGCCAUCUGGAAUAUCCAAUAAGAUGUGAUGUGAGUUAGGUUACUUUGCAGAUGAAGAUGUUGGUGUUUCAAGUUUGUUUUGUUAAAUGGUUCUGAAUGAGAACAAAGAACAUCAGGGAAUUAGCUGUUGGGUUUCUUGGAGGGUGGUAGUGGGCAACAGCAUGAGAGCUGCUUCCUUUUAACACACUCCUCUAACCUCGGUUAGAGGUCUUGGCCUCCUGUUGUGUGUAGUAUGGGAUUACAAGCUGUGGAAAAAUGGUGGUGGUAAGGCUGGGUCUGCUUUGAAUGUGAAUUUAAGUGGAAGGUAACUCAUCCAAGCUGAGAACUGGGAUGAAAAUUUGCCUUGGCUUUCUCAGAGGAAACAUGUUGUACGCUAUUGCCCUCACCAGAGCCAGCUUUGUGCUCUAGUUUUUCAGGAAGCAGCUGUUCUCUCUUCCUGCCUCUGGUGAUGUUUCUGGUUGCUCUGUGCACUUCCCUCUCCCUCCUUGCUCUUUCUUCUUCUCCCACAUCGCUGAAAUACGUCUGCCUUAACACUUAAUAUCGAAUGUUUCACUUGACAAAAGCAGCAAUACUGUGCCUGGAUCCUCAGAUAACACAUCUCCCAUUUAUAGACAACAGCACCCUGUAGCCUAACAUGACAUUCUGGGCACAUGCAAUAGAAAUGAGACAUUUGUAUGGUUUUGGGAAGUUCACAAGCGUUUCUCCCUGCCCGUACAUUCCCUUAAUGCCUCCACAGCAGCCUGCUUGUAAGUGCUGGUGAAAAUAGCAAGGCUGCGAAGCCGGUGUGACAGCUCCUUGAGGCAACUUUGCGUUCCCACCGAGUGCUAGGCGGGCAGCUUUGCAGGAGCUGCCAUUGUCGUGAGCGGGGAGGCAGGCUGGAAGGGGCGGUGAGGUUGCUGUGGCGGACGCUGGUCUCUCUCCCGCUAGGCCCUGCAGGCCGCCGGCCUUCCUUGCUGGUUCUCUCUGAGGAGCGGGGGGCUGCGGGGCACUCUCUCGGGAAUGUUUGGCGCCCGGGUACGAGUUUGAAAGAAAACGCACCGAACAUUGCUCAUGGGGCACUGGGGGGCUUGCGCUGUCGUGCAGAAAUAAGUUUUUAACACGUUAGUGCCUUACAAACCCAAGCUGAGUGGAUGUAUCCGAGUUGCUGUUUGUGUUCUGUGUGAAUUCUGUAGGUGUCUUUAAGCGGUUUGCGUUCGCUGUGUUUUUUAACGGAUUAAAAUAAAACGUUAACCUCUGCCAA